AGGCCCUAUCGAGCUGCACAGAACAACGGUGUAGGGGCAGCGCUUCAAGCUUACAUUGGCGGUUUUGACCCCUGCAGCGUUCUCCGGACCGGAGACAACCGACACAGUACUUCUCUUUCUGGGGAAAGAGUCGGAGGCAAUGAUCACAGCAGACGUUCGCUACUGACUGGUAAAAGACACUUAUCAGCCUAGUUUUAAAGUUGACGACGGUUAUACACUGUCCCAUCCGGCCCCCGCGGCCGAUCAAAAAGCUUCGAAGUCUCGCUCUCUUGUGAACCACCGCACAACUUUCUUUGCCUUAGCUCUGGAGGCAUUAUAUGCACUCGUUACUACGGUCCAAUCCUGAACGGCCUUCGAAAGAAUGCGACAACCGCAUCCGAGUACUCAUGAGCAAGACUUGGAGAGAAAUCGAGUUUUGCGAUCAAGUCCAACAUCCGCGCCCCAUCCCCCCUGGGCCUAUAAAAGGGCCCCCGUUUGGCCUUCCCAUCCUCACCAAAAUCAUUACCAUCCCACAUACCAAAGCGCACACACGGUAACAUAUUCAUGAUGUCUAACAAGGUCAAGAUCAC